AUGUUAUUAUUUAAGGAUACUUCAAUGGUAUUUACCUUUUUCUUUCUUGUUAGUCUAUUUUUUAUAGUUAAAGUAGAUGCAACAUAUGAAAGCCAUUCUGAUAAAUCACCAUACAUUUUCGAUUUUACUAUUAAAAGAAAGAAAGUUUUAUACAAUAAUGAUAAUGAAAAGAUAAUAUUAUCCAUUAAUAAUAGUAAUGAUACAUAUGGUCCAACGAUUAAAGUAAAACCAAAUGAUGAAGUACGCAUAAGAGUAACUAAUCUUAUUUGCAAUGAGCAAGAAUUGGCAAAAGGAGCUAAUGGUAAAAGUAAGAUAUGGCAGGAUUAUUGUCAAGCAUCAUUACAUUUUCAUGGCUUAAUCAAUAUUGGAAAUAAAGUUGAUGGUGUACCAAAUUUAACUCAGAAGCCAAUUGAGAAUGGUGAAUCUUAUUGGUAUAAUUUCACUAUUCCAGAAGAUACGUGUGGGACUUUUUGGUACCAUUCUCACUCUAGUGUACAAUAUGGAGAUGGUGUAAGGGGAUUAAUUAUUGUGAACUGCGUUGAAUAUGACACAUUGAAGAAUAAUAUAAUAAAUCAUCUAGAAAUUUUUGGAACAUCGACAUUGCAGAGUAAGUCAUUGCUCUUCGCAGAUAAAAAUGUUUUAUCUUCGACAACCUUCAUACCCAAAAAAUUUGAUGAUGUUACUAAAGAACAUAAUAUUUUGUUAAGUGAUUGGUAUCACGAACGUACCAUUGACAUACUGGAGAAAGAUGUGCUAGUAGAUGAUGGUACCAAUGACCCUCGUUUUGAGUCUUCAUUGAUUAAUGGAGUGGUUGAGAAUAAUGUACAAAUGAAAAUUCUUGAAAGCAAUACUAAAUAUUUGAUUUUACGACUAUUGAAUUCCGGGACCUCGGGGACUCAGGUGUUCCAUAUACCUAAUAAAAAAUUAAUCAUUUUUGAAACUGAUGGAACUCUGUUGAACCCGUAUGUAACAGAUACUCUUACAAUGGCAGUUGGACAACGAUAUUCUGUUUUAAUCAAAAUAGAGGACGAGGAUAAAAAUGAAGGGUUUCCAAUAGUCAAAGGUAUCAAUGGUUGUAACAAGAUGAUGGGCUACGUCACUAAAACAUUUUGGUUUACUCCAAUUGAAAAUGAAUCCACUAUAACUCAGAAUGUUGAGACCUAUAUUCAAGAAAAUCAAUCUAACAACAUAAGGAUAUCCAAAUUACCAAACUUCAAUAAUGACGAAUUAUAUAAAGAAUAUGAUAAUGCAAAAGACGGUGAAAUUUGGAAGAGUAACAACGAUCACUCUUUGAAGCGAAUAGAGUUAUUCUAUGAUAAUUAUAAAGCUGAGAAUACUUACAAGGUUAAUGACAAAACAUUUGAAGAAUAUUUAGAGUCUCCCAUCAUAAUUGACAAUUCAAAUAAUACGAUUUUGGAGAUAAUUCUAAAUUCUAAAGAUCACAUGAGACAUCCAUGGCAUUUACAUGGAUUUAAUUUUCAAAUAGUCUCUAUGGGGAAAGGAACGUUAUAUAAAAGUGCUAUUGUUAAUCAUAGGACAGAUAUCGAUAGCGUCAAGCAAUACUUCCAAGAUCUUAAGUACUGGGAAACAAGUCGUAAAUCACCAUUAAUUCGUGAUAGCAUUAAUAUCAAGGGACAUUCAUUUGUUGUUCUUAGAGUUAAUUUGACAAAUUUAACAAAGAAACAACUAGGGAAAUGGUUACUUCAUUGUCAUGUUGAAUGGCAUGUAUCCAAGGGACUUGGUGCUGUGUUCCAAAUCACAAACACAAGCACAGCCACUCCAAAUAAUGGAUCAAAUAACAAGCCAAUCUCUAUCGACACAAUGACAACCAAGAUCAAAGUAUUAACAAUAUAUUGCAUUCUAAUUUGCUUAAUAAACUACUACAUUUAUAUAAAGUUCAUAUAA